GGGCCGGGCAGCAGCAACGCAUGCGCAGUGCCCGCCGCGGCCUCGGCCGCCAGCACUUCCGGCCACCGCCUGCCUUAAAGGGGCCGACCGGUGAAGCACGCGGCGCUGUGCUGCUCCCUGGUGGCCGCCGGCAGUAUUGCCUUCGUGGCCUCACUCGCCAGCCCAGGACACGAGUUGCUGGUGGGGGUGUCACGGGAGGGUUCGCUCCCCCCUGGUCUCAGAAGCGAGUCGUGGAACGCGCUACCGGGUAUCUCCCGCCCCAAGCCAGUCCCGGCCGGACCACCGGGACCUCCCAAGGCCGGCCCGCCGAAUUCCACACUGCCCCCGCCGCGCGGGCCGAUCGACUGACAACGAGGCAGACCAAUGGAUAUUCCCUUAUGCCCAGAGGCAGUGAGCCCAGAGAAAAGCCCCUUUUGUGGCGGUGUUUGGCAUCACCCUGGGAAGGAGGCAAUGAGGAUGCAGCUGCCCAAGGAAAUGGCUGUGGCCACACACUGCUGACACCCCACAGUGGCACCCUGAGCUCCAAGAACUACCCGGGCACAUAUCCCAACCAUACCAUGUGCUGCUGGCGGCUCCAAGCCCCUGCGGGCACCUCCCUGCUCCUGGCAUUCGGGGAUGUGGAUCUGGAGCCCUCGGAGCACUGUGCCCACAGCUCCUUGCUGCUCACUGACACCCAGACUGGCACUGACUAUGGGCCCUACUGUAGGAACUCCAUCCCUUCUGCUCCACUCCUGGUGACAAACUCCAGCACUGUGACCGUCCUGUUCAACACCACCAGCCACCGCUCGGGACGAGGCAUCCUCCUGUCCUAUGCCACCUCGCAGCACCCAGACUUGGUCUCCUGCCUGGUUCGAGGCACCCACUACACCCAGGAGCACAUCAGUGUGUACUGCCCUGCAGGCUGCAAGGACAUCCAUGGGGACAUCUGGGGCAACCCGAGCCAGGGCUACCGGGACACAUCGGUGCUGUGCAAGGCAGCCGUGCACGCUGGGGUGAUUGCAGAUGAGCUGGGAGGGCAGGUCACCCUGUCCCGGGAGAAGGGGAUCACGCUCUAUGAGUCAGCCUUUGCCAACGGGCUCCGCUCCAAAAGGGGAUCUCUCUCCGAGAAGCGACUCGUAUUCCACAAAGCCUGUGAUGAUGUCCUGGAGAUAGUCGCCUUCAAUGCCUCAUCCUGGUGGCACGAGGUGGACAUGCUGGGCCAGGAUCGAGCCUGGGUGGCCGAACGGGCAGCACUCAGCACCACUGGCCACUCCUGGGCAGCCGAACCCGGUGCCAAGGCUGCCUGGCUGGAGCUGGAUCUGGGGACCCGAAGGAAUGUCACAGGCAUCAUCACAAAGGGCUCCUCUGAGCAGCACAACUACUACGUGACGUCCUACCAUGUCUCCUCUAGCCGCGACAGGAAGAACUGGAGACCCUACAGAGGCAGUAGUGGCCAGGAGGACAAGGUGUUUGAAGGAAAUGCUGACAGCCAGGGGGAGGUCUCCAAUGCCUUUAUCCCCCCCAUUGUUGCCCGCUACAUCCGUGUCACACCACAGAGCUGGCAUCAGAGUGUGGCCCUGAAGGUGGCCCUGUUGGGCUGCCAGCUGGCACGGGUCCGUGCACCCCGUCCCAACGUGCCCAGUGUCUCCAAGGAGGUCCUUGAACCCACCAGCCGCCCAGCCAGCUGCACCCCCAUCUCUGGCAUCGCUCUGGACCCAGAGAAGGCAGGCUCCACAUUGUUGGCAAUGCUGCUCAUUGGUGGCUUUGUGCUCCUCUGCUCCUGCCUCCUGCUCCUGGCUUUCCUCUGCUACAAGAAGAGGAAGUCAGCAGCGGAGCUGAACUGUGGGAUCACAAAAGGGUACCCCAAGCUGGAGUCGAGCCAGGUUUGCUCCCUGCAGAGCCUGCCAGCCACUAGCCUGUCCUCCUUCCCCAUGGCCCCCACACCAGGGGACCUCAGCCAGACCCAUUUACCAGAGUACGCUGAGCCAGACCUGGUGCAGGUGAGCCCCAGCAGUCAGACAGGUCCCUGCACCUUCAAGCCACUCCUGGAAGAAGGCUACACUCUGCCGCUGGUCCUGAGCCACUAUGACAUCCCAGGAAAGCACCAUGAGUACGCGGAGCCGCUGCCACCGGAGCCUGAGUACGCCAUGCCGUUUAGUGAGCCGGAGCCCAUUGGGAUGCACCGCAGCACCUGCAGCAUCGCAGGGCCUGCCGGGUGCUCCCUGGUGCAGUACCAGACACCUGCCCUGCGGCCCGGAGAGCUGCCAGCUGGGGUGGAGCAGGCUGGCAGCCCCUGUUCUGAGGGGUCCUGUGCAUGGCCUGGGCACUGUCCCCUCGCACACGUAUACCAUGAAGCCUUAUGAGAAGGGGAACACAGCAGCAUGAUAUCGGGUGUGGGGGAAGGCAUGUAAAGGAGGACCUUCCCCGCGGUAGCACGGGGCUUUGUUAAAAUAACCCUAUGUAAAUAUAUCACAUAUCGAAAGACAACUGUGGAAUGCAGCGCCCCCCGCAUUUCCCGCCGCUGUGGACUCAAAGCCCGCCCCCUUAGAGAACAGGCGCACUCUUAACUCAGCCGUGUUCUGCUCUUUACCGAUGCCGGGGUGCCGGAACGAGCGGUUACCAGCAGCCCUCGCCCACAAAAAU